AUGGCUUCCUCAACAACAACAAAACCAACAAAAUCCGACCACAAAACCCCAGCCUUCCCAACCACAGCAAACAACCUCCAAGACCUCCUCCAAUACACCUCCCACGCCUCCGGCCACGGUCUAAUUUCGCUGGUAUCUCUUCCCGCCGGUUCUCUCUUCGCCCCCAUUUCCUCCUACACACCUUGCAUCCACCCCCAAUGGCAUACCCUCCAAACCUCUGCCUCGUCCCACAUCUCCCUAGACUCUGCAUUUACGUACCUCAACCAUUCCUGUUUUCCUACCCUCGAAAUCGAUACCAAGGCUAUGGAAGUCAGGGUGGCUAGGGAUAGAGAGUUGAGGAAGGGAGAUUUGUUGAGUUUCUUUUAUCCGAGUACGGAGUGGAGUAUGGAUAGGGGCUUUGAGUGUUUGUGUGGAGAGAAAGAGUGUGUGGGAUUAGUCAAGGGUGCUAAGGAGAUGGAGAGAAAAGAAUUGGAGAGGUGGUUUGUUAAUGGGUAUAUUUGGGACUUGAAGGAGGAGCAAGAGAAACAAGACACGAGUAUGGGAAAAACACAUUGA